UCUGCUGUCCAGACCUGGUCAAUACUGCUGGGCCUUCCAGCAGCAGUGGCACUCAGAACCCCCUGCUAGAACGGGCUCCCAGCUCCAACCCAGACCCUCCGCCUAAGGUGGUUAUGCUAGUGGAUGAUUUCUACUAUGCCACUUCGCGGGCAAACAGUCCCUGGUCGACAGCCAGCCCACCAAGCUGAACUACUCCUUCAAAUGUGGUCAUGCUGCCAAGAGGUCCAAUAGCAACAUUAGGCUGAUGGACCACAUGAAGCAGCACCCAGAGAUGACUAAAUGGGUGGACCAGCUGACCUCCUGCCAGCACUGCUUCCGCCAGUUCUCUACCAGCGCCCAGCUCCAGUACCAUGUGGAGAAUGCCCACGGGCUCACUCAGUCUUCCACUUGUUGUAAGAUCUGUGAGUGGGCGUUUGAGAGUGAGCCUGUGUUCCUGCAUCACAUGAAGAACACCCACAAACCAGGAGAGAUGCCCUAUAUUUGCCAGGUGUGUCGGUACCGGUCUUCUUUCUUUUCUGAUGUGUACAACCACUUCUGUACCAAUCAUGCAAAGACAUGCAACCAGCUGUGUAUCUACUGCCUGAAGGUGUUCAAGAGCCCCAACUCCUACCAGCAGCACUACAUACGACACCAGGCCAGUAGAGCGAGUCACUGCAACAAGUGCCGUUUGCAGUUCCUCUCUGCCACGGACAGGAUGGAGCACAAAACCCACAGCCACAGGACCUUCCGCAAACCCAAGCAGCUGGAGGGGCUCCAACCUGGGACUAAAGUGACCAUCAGGGCAUAUUCCCACCACAAGGGACAGUUGCCCAAGAAUGUACCUAUGGACUAUAAGACGACAGGCCCCACUCCUCAGGCGGGCCAGACCUACACCAACAUACAACAUAAACUGCAACAUCAGUCCAAACCACCUCCACAAACAACCAAAACCACCAUGAGGAAAUCCAUCAAGCAGUUGGACCUGCUCACCAAGUUUCAGAAACGGAGUGUGUCUCUAGUCAAGCAGCGGUGCAUGGAGUGCAGCUCAGACGUACCCAGCUUCCCCGACCACUACCCCACCUUCGUCCACUGUGCCGUGUGCCCCUACAGCACCUGCUGCUCGCGCUCCUACGCAGACCACAUGAUUACAAUCAUGCACCACCUAUUGAAGCUGCGGUGUGAGGUCUGUGACUUCAGCUCUCAGACAGGUGACCUUAUGGCCAAGCACCUGGCCCAGGACCCAAGUCACGGCUCCAGCACCUGUACACCAAACGAGUCUCUGGAGUCUGACAUUGAGUUCUGCCAAGAGGAGGAGGAGGACAAAUCCGGGGGGGAUGUGGAAGUGGGGAGGUCUGAAUGGGCGUUAAUGCAGAACUGGAGAGAACCUCUGCUGAGAGGCACCGACUCCGCAACCAUCCUCGACUUCACAGAGAGCUGCGGUCCUCGCCAGUCCUUAAACAAAAACAGCGAUGCUGUCGACUACUUCAACAUGCUCUUCCCGUACUCGCUCAUGGAGCUCAUCGCCAACGAGACCAACGCCAAGGCCAAGACUUGUCAGUUUCUUGGGCAGCGUGACCCGGACUGGGUCCCUGUCGCCGCUCACGAGAUCAAGGGCUUCAUAGGUCUCAGUAUCCUCAUGGGCCUUCAGAGCCUCCCAGAGCCUGCCAACUACUGGUCCUGGCAGCACUACGACAACUGCCACACCUUCUUCAGGGCCAUGUCCAUCAAGCGCUUCCAGCAGAUCUCCAACAACAUCUGGAUGGGUAGUCUGCUCACCUCCAUGGAGGAGGAGGAGGAGGGGGAGGGCAGUGGCAGCGACAGGCUGCGUCUCUUCAGACCUAUGCUGAGCAUCCUUGGCGACUCCAUGUGGGAAGCCUACCAACCCAACCGAUGCCUGGCCAUCGACCGGGCCCUGCUGCCCAGCCUGGAGACGGAGGCCGGCCAAGCCAAAGGGAACCCCAAGGCCCAACCAGGGGUGUGGCUGCUGUGUGACUCCAAGUCGGGCUACUGCCACCGACUGCUCAUCCACAUGGGGAGGGAGAAGGAGAAGGAGCUGGGGUUCAGUGUAGUUCCCCCCUUAGUGGAGGGACUCCAGCAGAAACACCACCAGCUCUUCCUGGGUAGCUCACUGGCCUCUGCCCCUCUCAUGCAGAAGCUCUUGGACAAGGGCAUUUACGCCUCCAGCUCCUUUCCUCCACCAAGCCCCAUCCUCCCCAGGGAGCUGUGGGAGCAGGGUCAGCUGGAGAAGCCUGGGGACUUCCUGCAGAGGCAGUUGGGUCCCCUGCUGGCCACCCGCUGGAAAGACACCAAGGAGAUGGGCUGCCUGUCCACCAACGCCGGGCCGGGGCAGCCAGACACAGUGUGGAGGAAGUCUCAAACCAAAGUGGGUGAACUCAGCCCCAUCGAGCGGCCCUUAGCCUUCCGACUUCUGCAAGAGAAUAUGCGAGGAGUGGACAUCUGCAAACAGCUGCUUGCCUGCAACCCUCUAGGAGGGCUGCCACUAGACAAGCACUGGCGCAGUCUCUUCUGGUUCCUGGUCAACCUGAGCAUAGUCAAUGCCUUCAUAGUGCUGCGGGAGAGCCGCAAAGAGAACCCACCAUCAUGGGUGCAGGGCGGACUCUUUACCCAGGCAAACUUUCGCAAGCGCUUAGGGCACCAGCUAGCCAAGUGUGCAGAGAGACAAGCACGCAUCCACUCUGAGAAUAAGGAGGGACUAGCGAGUGUGCGAGAGGUUGCCCUGCAAGGCAAUCCAAAUAAACUAAGGCACAGAUUGGUUAAACUCACCGCCAAGACCAAGAGAUGCAAGAACUGCAAUCUGAAGAACCUGCGCCAUGAGAGCGUGUUUGGAUGCAUCGUUUGCAAAGCCAACCUGUGCAAGCAGCCCAGCUGCUUCUGGGAAUAUCAUGGCUUCUCACCCCACCACUCAGGCUCCCCUAAUGUUGGAUUCAUCAUGGAGAACAUGAGAAACAACACGGGGGCAGACCGCUUUGACGACAGCAGCGAGUGGGGYCCCUUAGGGCCAGAGAGUGACCUGGAYGAGGCAAUGGCCCCAGUGGAGGACAUGGGCUCAGACACAGACAAUGAAGAAAUGGAGGUUGAAGGUCUUGGCAAGGACGUUGAUGAAAUUGUUCAUGAACGGGAGUCUAAACAGCAGCCUGCCGCAUCUGAUCCUUCCGUCACCCCUCCGACAGUACGCCCGGUGGUAAAAGAACGAGAGGACACACUCUCUGUGCGUCUGCUGAGGAUAGUGCUGUUCGCUCUGUGCUGCGGGGAACGUCAAGCCGCCAAGCAGCUAUCCACCCAGUCCAAUCUCAUCCGGGCCUGGCUGAAGGAUAAGGAGAAGCAGCUGGAGCGUGAUGGCCGGGGACCUGGCAAGGGAGAGGCGGUGGAGCGCAUGGUGGAGUGGGUCAUGGCCCAGCGAGAGCAGCAGCUGCCGCUCAACGAGAAGAACCUUUUUCAGAGGGCUUCUGAGAUCCACAGCCAGGACGGUCACAGCAGCGCCUUCCGCAUCUCUUACGACUGGGCUGUGAGCUUCAUGCUGCAGCAUAGCCUUGGCUGGCAGGCUGUUGGGCGGACUGCCACGGUCAGCUGYCGCUUGCCACGCUCCAUGGAGGACAACGCUAACUCCUUCACCAAGUUCACCCGCAAGCACAUCCAGGCCCACAAUCUGCCCCACACAGGCAUAGCUGCCAUGGACGAGCUGUCUGUCUUUGUAGACAUUGAGGCGCUUGCGGAUCCAGCCAAAGUGGACAAAGAAGAGGCUCUCCAGCUGGUGGGAACCAGGGAACCUCUGGUCACCAUCUAUCUGUCAGCGCUGGCCGAUGGCACCAUGCUACUGCAACCCCUGGUCCUAAUCAAGGGGCAGCUCCCCAAGAUGCAGGGCACAGGCCUCCCCAACUCUGUCCUGCUGGAGGCCAAGGUAGAGGGAUUCACCAGGGACGAGGAGUUGGCGCUGUGGGAGUCUCAGGUGUGGCGCCAACACAUGCUGGACCAGAACAGGAGUACCAAAGGCAUGCUGAUCCUGGACGGCCACCGUGGACACGGGUCUAAGGACUUCCUGACCACCCUUGGUGCCACUUGCACCCUGCCGGCCGUGGUCCCCGCUGGCUUCACCUGCCGCCUCCAGCCCCUGGAGAUGUGCCUGCGGCCCGUGCUGCAGUUCUUGCUGGCCCGCUGGGCCCGGCUGGCUGCCGAAGGUGGGGUAGCAGGGGCCACACACAAAGACUUGUGGCAGCUGCUAGUGGCCUGGCUAGUGGAGGCCUUGUCCUACCUAGAGGAACAGCCUGAUCUGCUGCGACAGUCCUUCCACCUUACUGACUUGGUCCCUGGGCAGCGGGACCAGGAAAUGACCAAGACUCUGGCAGAAACCCAGUCAGAGCUGAUGAGUACUCUCAGAGAGGCCUCCUUAGGUCCUGAGGUUCUGGAGCCAGAGUCAACAGCAGAGCUCGAGCAGGAAGACAGCAGGGGUACAGAGGACAUGGAGGCUGGAGAAGAGAGGGUAGAUGAGGAGCAAGAGGCUGGAGAAGAGAGGGUAGAUGAGGAGCAAGAGGUUAAAGAAGGUAAGGUAGCUGAAGAGCAGGAAAGUGAAGAAGGAACGUUAGAUGAGAAUCACAAGGCAGCUAUAGAAAUGGACACAAGAAAGGAUAACAUCUUGGAAAAGGGAGAAGAAGAGAUGGAGCCACUGUCAGAGAGCCAGGAGACGGGAGGGUCCCAUGAGGAGGUCUCCCCCUCUUAGUCCUUCCCUUUCACAAACUCUGAGUUGAAUACUGCUCUUCAGUCCUACUCAAGAACAUCUGCCGUGUUGCCUUAGGCCACACAGCCUGUGGGUCUUCCCUGCAAAUGGCCACAGAAGAUUACAGUGCAUACUGUUAAAGUACAAUUGGUCAACCUUUAACCUUUUUUUAUGUCAUCAGUUGUGGGGAAACUGAGUGGGGAUCCCUUGUUGGACUUGACAGGUUCUAUGUUUUGCUUUAAUGAACACUAUGACGCACAACAGACUGGAUCCAAACUCCAUCAACCGUAAGGCAUGUUCUUGUGGUGGUAGAAAUCAAUUCUAAACAGAUCAUCAACUGAACACAAAACAUUUUAAGGUGCUAUACUGUACAUUAAUGCAUUCUUAAUUCAGUUUGAGAAUAUUUACUAUGCAUUGUUUAGUCUUUUCUAAAAGUUCAAGGCCUUUUUGACAGAUUGGUGUUGGUUUACAAAGUUUCCCCCAACUUUUGCUUCCUUAUCCCUUAUUGCACUCAAAUGACUUUACAUACAUUCUUUCCUUACCUUGAAAGUAGCCUAAUCUAUGGGCUAGAGAGACUCAGCCAUAUUGCUAGAAGGCUAGUGAUGACUAGGCCUACAGCUAUAUAGAGUAUUCUAUUUAUUUUAAGGACUUCUAAACAAAUGUGAUUUGGGUGAAUUACCAGUUCUCUUGCCUGUGUCUGUCAAUAGAUUGUGUACUGAGAAGGAUGGACAAGCUUGGAGACAAUGGUGGGAAUGUUGAAUUCCCUAUGGAGUUACAUAAUAUCUAAUGCAUUUUGCAGAUGUCCAAUAUGUUCUUUAACAAUGAUCUGAACUGUACCUCAUUUGUCACAGUCAUGGACACACAGAGAUGAAAUUAAAUUCAUCCUUUUCUGAUUUGUCUUUGGUCUGCUCAAUACUUCCAAAGAGACAUGGGGGAUAUUGGAAUYGUGACAACCUCAGUCCUGAAGAUUCUGAAUCUCUUGUAAGAAAAACAUUUCCUAAUCAAAUGCAGACGUGAGAGGCACAAUCUGGGAUAUUUCCUGCAGCUCAAUGGUCAUUUUGAUUAAUGACAUAGCCUACGCUUACAAUUCUUGAUAAAAUAAUACUUAAAUGUUUUAUGGGUUUGUACAAUUAUCUACUAUCAUAUCAUACGGCCUAAUUCAAAAUAUAAGGUUGUAAUACUCUACUGUUUAUGUUUUUGAUGUAAUUUGAGUCUGUAAUGUAUAUCUUAAAAAUAUGAUUAAAAAAGCAGAGUCAAUUUUAUGGAUUAAGUCCUUA